UCGAUUAUAAAUUCUGAUUUCGAUUCUGUAAUUCAAAUGACAGUAAAAAUUACAAAAAUGAAGAAAUAUAUUAGAAAAUUUAUAAUUUGAUUGAUCCAAAUUUAAUAAAUUCAUUCAUUUUUGUAAUUUUCACCCUCAUUUGAAUUACAGAAUCGAUACUCUCGUUGGAUUUGGAUGUCAUUUUGCAUGGAAAAUAACCUAAGCGAAAUAAUACAAUCAUAGAUCUUGCAUUAAAAUCAUCAGGCAAUAUGAUAUGAAUUUCACAGAUUUAAUAAAUAGUAAACGUGUGGAAGUAUUUUUCAAAUUUCGUGUGCCUUUUCAUUGCUGCGCAUGCUCGUAUUGCCAGAAUUUCGUCGGCAUGAUAGAUCUAACCAAACCUUCAAAAGUGGCAUCUUUAAUACUUAAUCCUUUUUACACUAUCAAGCAACAAUUUUUACUUUUUAAACUUUUGUUUUAUGCAAAAAUAUUGAUUAAGUGUACUUUUAUCAAAAUUAUUGAAGUAGAGCGGAUUAUUCUAAACAUUUACCGGCACAGAAAUAAAACUGAAGAAGAAAAAACUCAAACAGGAAAGAAGGAGUCGGAGAAGACAUGAUCUAGUGUUUAAGAGACACUUGGCUCAUUAACUCCAAAUUUGAUUUAUAUUGUUAUUCUGAUUGGACUGUUUAUUCUGUGAUAAUGGGCUCUGAUUAUACGAACAGACGAUGGAGCAAUUUACGUAAAGUGUUGGAGAGAUCUGGUCCGUUUUGUCGACCGGAUUUCGAGCCGUCUUCCGAGAAUCUGCAGAUGCUCUUAGAGCGCUGCAAAGUACUCGUUGUCGGUGCUGGUGGUUUAGGAUGUGAGCUACUAAAAAAUUUGGCCCUUAUGGGAUUUAGACAUAUCCAUGUGAUUGAUAUGGAUACAAUUGAGUUGUCUAACCUCAACCGACAGUUCUUAUUUCGUCACAAAGAUAUUGGAUCUUACAAGGCAGAGGUAGCUGCAAAAUUUAUCAAUGUUAGAGUACCUGGUUGCAACGUAAUUGCACAUAAUUGUGAGAUACAAGCUAAAGAUUCAGCAUUUUACCAACAGUUUCAUAUAAUAAUCUGUGGAUUAGAUUCAAUUGUCGCAAGAAGAUGGCUUAAUGGUAUGCUAAUAUCUUUGCUUGUCUAUGAAAAUGGUACGUUGGACCAGAGUAGUGUUAUACCAUUGAUAGAUGGUGGAACUGAAGGUUUUAAAGGAAAUGCUCGAGUUAUAUUGCCUGGUAUGAAUCCAUGUAUUGAGUGUACCUUAGAUCUCUAUCCUCCACAGGUCACAUAUCCUCUAUGUACAAUAGCCAACACUCCGCGUUUACCAGAGCACUGUGUAGAAUAUGUUAAGAUAAUUCAAUGGCCAAAAGAGAACCCAUUCGAUUGCGCGAUUGAUGGAGACGAUCCCCAGCAUAUAAACUGGAUUUACGAAAAAUCGAUUGAAAGAGCGACGCAAUUUGGCAUACAAGGCUUAACAUAUAGACUUGUACAAGGUGUCAUCAAGAAUAUCAUACCAGCUGUGGCAUCGACGAACGCCGUUAUCGCCGCUAUCUGCGCGACAGAAGCAUUUAAACUUGCAACCAGUUGUAGCGCAUCUUUAAAUAAUUAUAUGGUACUCAACAAUUUGGACGGAGUUUACACAUAUACUUAUGAAGCAGAGAAAAAGCAAAAUUGCCUGGCAUGUAGUCAAAUACCACGAGAGAUUGAGAUCAAAGAUUCAAAAUACAAACUGCAAGACUUGAUUGAGCAUCUUUGUGAACGACCGGAUUUCCAAAUGAAAAAUCCCGGGCUUACAGCUAUUAUAAACGGUAAAAGUAAAACUUUGUACAUACAAACAGUGUCGAGUAUCGAGCAAAAGACUCGCGAGAAUCUGUCAAAGACUCUGAUCGAGCUGGGUUUAAAAGACGAUACUGAAAUAAACAUCGCCGAUGUUACAACUCCCAAUACAGUUAUUCUGAAAUUAAAAUUUUUACACGAUGAUCGAAUAAAUCGGCAGUAACUACUCCGAGAAUUUUGCUUUCAUAUAUCGUAAUUCUUCUCUCAUUACUUGUAUUUAUAUUAUUUAAAUUAGUUUUAUAUAUAUAAAGCAGAUUAAAAAAAUAUAACAAUAAAAUCAAAAAUUACUUAAGCAUCAUUGCAUCUGAAAAAAUUUUAGUCAUAACAUAAUGCCACAAGCAAAUCAACUAGUCAUUCUUGCUAUAUUAUAAAAAUGCUUGACUGUGAUUGGUCGAUUUACUUGUGGUUUAACGAUUUCUUAUGAUUAUGACUAAUUUUCUCACAUGGUUGGUCUUUAUGCACGCGAUUAUUAGUGAUUACACAAUAUUCUACAUAUGUUUAUAUGAGAAAUAUCUUGUUACAUGUCAAUAUCGCUAAAAACUACAAUUCUGUAUAAUUUGUUACACAUUAUUUGUUAAUAAUUAUUAGCGCGAUUUUUUUAUGAUUUUUAAAUAAUGUAAUAAAAUAUAUGAUAUAAAAAAAAUUAAUCUGAAGUAAUAAUCAAUCUAUAAACAAAUGUAGAAAUAUAUUUAGUAUUUGAAUAAUAAAAACAUGAUUAUAAA